AUGCAGAAAGGGGAGAAGUUGAAAGAAGGAUGUGAUGUCACCGAGGAUCGAAACUCUAAACCUUGCGCACUGAAGAAGCUCACUAACUAUAUGUGCCAUCAUGUUAUCACAGGUGAUUUGGGCAUGUAACUGUUAUAUCCUGACUUAAUUUUGUUAUUGUUGUGUUAUAUUGCACUAAGUUACGUCAUAGUCGUGUUACGUGUACAUGGAUGUGCUUGCACAGUGAGUGAGAACUAGGAAUAAAAUAAGACCAGAAUGCUCAUGUUCAAUGCUCGCGUCGUUUCAUAAUUUCGUCCUUGGAUUUCUAAGUUAUGACAUCUGGUGACGAGGAUGGGAUCACUUUGUGUUAUACGGCUAUUUCGUGCUAUUUCCUACACCGUAUGAUCUUACUUCACUUUGUUUCGUUCGUUUGUGCUUUCGCACACGUACUCGCUGGUACGUUUGGAAAUCCCGCCAUUGCUUCACCCUUGCUCGGUUCUGUUGGUGAAUUUGAUCCGUCCUCUGAGACUUUUACUGCUUACCUCAAAAGACUUGACCAGUUCUUUGUGGCCAACGAUAUUGGAAAAUGUGCUGAUGAUGCCACUGCGACUGUUGUUCGGGCAGCUAAUCAGAAAAAGGUCGCCGUGAUGAUCUCCGUCAUUGGUAAGAAGACAUACAGCACUCUCCGCGAUUUGUGCAGCCCUGAAAACCCGAAGGAAAAAACAUUUGAGGUAUUAUGUGAACUACUACAACACUUCAAGCCCAAACGAUUGGACAUUGCCGAAUCCUACAGAUUUCAUCGAUGUUGUCAAGAAAAAAAUGAGAGCGUGUCGGUUCACAGUGCUUGU